GGCGCCGUCCGCCGCCGGGCCGGGAGUCCGCCGGUGCCUCACCGCCCCGCUUCCGGUGUGUGCCGGAAGCGGGAGCCGCAUAGCUUCCAGGUUGUGGCCACCGGCGGCGAUGGCGGGGCUGUCGCGCACGCUCGGCAUCUUCGGCGGCUUCGUGGCCGUGGUGGGGGCGGCCUUUUACCCCAUCUACUUCCGGCCGCUGCUGCUGCCGGAGCAGUACAAGAAAGAACAGUCAAUAAACCGAGCUGGUAUUGUUCAAGAGGAUAUUCAGCCUGCAGGUGUUUUAAAUACAGAUAACUAAUGCUGGCACCACUGAAGUUCCUUUUAUUGAAGGAAGUGCACUGAUAAAAAGCGAAGAACAAUCAUCUGAAACCAAAGAGAUGGUGAAGAAAGACAAAGAAAAGGCAGCAAAAAGGGGAAGGACAUACAGGUGACAGAAGAAAGAAGUGACACAAAUAUGGGAGAAAUGCAGACAAAGCAAUUGUUAGGAAAUUAAUCAGGGAAUUACCCCAACAUACUAAAAAUCUGUCAGUUCCACAGGUGAAUGGGACCCGCUCUGGUAGAUAACACUGUCCUAGCUUCUACCACUUCACUUUUAAAACGUAAAAUCUGUCCCGAUCCUCAAAUGUCUUCAGCCACUAUGUCCAUGUUCUUGCAAGUGCUGUGCAAGAAAAACUCAUGCACACCAGCUCUGACAGAGCAGUGAAUACAGCAGGUGAAAAAAUAGAAAGCUAAUUAAAAAUAAAUAUUAGAAUGCUGCUGCAAUUCCAUCAUGGGGCUUGACAUGAAAUGAAUUUUCAUUUAAAAAUAAUGGGCAAACAGUUCUUUUUAUAUUCUUAAAUUUUUCCUCCAUGACUCUUAAGGGCACCACAGUCAUGAUGCUUUGUUGCUCCCUAAGUUUUCCAACUGGAAGGGAGUUUGUUGAGUAAGUGAAACAAUAGAUGUGAAAACAGUAAGGGAAGGAACAUCCCCAUAACUCUACUAAACUUGUUACAUUCCAUAGCGGAGUGAAGUGAGAAAAAAAACCAAAUAAAAUUAAAUUUGAAAUAUUUUGUUGGAUUUUGUUUUAAAACUUUCUGUGAAAAGAUUCAAUAGAUUUUUUUUUUCAAUACCCAGACCUUCACCUGGCUGUAAUGUUUGGUUGCUGUUAGAAAACUUCAGGCUUGGAUUCCUCAGACUGUUUCAUUCACCUAUGUCAGCCAAAAUGCCAGAGAAACAAUUCGGGCAUGCAGGGCCUAAACAGGAAGUGUUUAAAAUGUUGACCCAUCAUUCAGAAAGUAAAGAUCAGGAUUUAUUUCCUUAUUUUUCACAUGCUGCAGCAGAAAUUGUCUCCAAUUUCAGUGAUCUUGAAUAAAAAUCAUUUUGCUGGCACAAUGUGGAAAACAGCAAAAAUAUGAAAUAAAAGGUGUUGAGUCAAAAGCUAUAGUUAACUGACCAAGUUGUUAUG